AUGGACUUCAGAAAGGACAGACAAGACCACACCCCCCUCCUCAUAAAUGGAGAAUGUGUGGAAACUGUCACCACCUUCAGGUUCCUGGGCACCCACAUCUCAGCCGAUCUCUCCUGGACCCACAACACCAAGGCUCUAGUGAAGAAGGCUCAGCAGCGGCUGUAUUUCCUGCGUGUCCUCAGGAAAACCAAUCUGGACAAGAAGCUGCUGCUGGCCCUCUACCACUCCUGGAGAGUGGCGCUGGAGUGUGGUCCUGUUUUCGCCUGUUUCCGGUCAGACCGUAGAAGAAGACGCAGCAGCGGAAGUGAUGGGCGGGGCUGUGAGCUCCAGUCUGUACUGUGGGGAGGUGGAGGGUCUGGUGGGGGGCUGGUGGAGUCCUUCCUGGUGGAGCUGUAUCGCUGUAAACUCUGUCAGUUCACCUGUGGCCUUAAGGCCUCCAUCAGCAGCCACCUGCUGCUCAGGCACCGCCCCCCCACCCUCUCCUACCUGGGGGGAGCCGACGAAGGGGGUGGGGCAGAGGGCGGAGAGGAGGCGGGCCUCCAGCGGGGGGUGUCGCUGUAUCAGCUGGAUCUGAACGGAGAGUCGAAGCAAAGUGAUGAGGACGAAUUCCUGCUCUACAACAUGCUGGACAGCAUGAGCCCGCCCACCUGUGACAUCAGCACAGAGGGGGGGCUGCAGGUCGCACACACCUGUGAGGGGCUCGAGGCAGAGCAGGGCAGACGGUGGACAGACAAGGACGUCUCCCUCUGGCAGACGGAAGCUGCCGUGCUUCCUGUGUCUUGCGAAGCUGCCGUCGCGGCGGCUGCUGGACGUCCACGUCCGGUCGCACAGAGCUGCCGGCGGCUUCAGCUGCCUCGGCUGCAGCUGGACGACCGAGAGCUGGGAGGAGCUGGAGCCUCACUGGAGAAGUCACUGCAGGAGGAGAAGGAAAAGGAGGAGGGGGGGGAAGAGGAGAGGAAGAAGAAGAAGGCGGUGUUGAGCUGUCCAGUCUGUCAGAGGACGUUCAGGAACAUCGCAUCACGAAACGCUCAUCAACAAACCCAUCAACACUGUCGCUACUCAGGCGGAUGGAGAGGCCUGCCGAUUGGACAAGCUGGAGGGAAGGAGGCAGAGCAUACGGACAGUCAGAGUUCACCGAGCGUUGCAGAGAAGAAGAAGAAGAAGGAGGUCAGGAGAAAGAACGGAGUCGAAGAGAAGGAGCACAUGUCUGCAGAGACCAGAGACCAGACCGGGUUCUGCUGCUCGCUGUGUCACAGGAAGUUCUCUUCUAAACUGACUCUGAGGCGUCACCUGGGCGUCCACGGAGGAGAGAAACCGUUCACCUGUCCUCAGUGCUCCUACAGCAGCAGACUGAAGGCCUCACUGCUGCAACACCUGAGGACUCACACAGGUGAGAAACCGCACAGGUGUGCUGAGUGUCCGUAUGCCUCCAUAGAUCGCAGCUCUCUGCUCAGACACAGCAGAACUCACAGUCAGGAGAAACCGUACAGGUGUCAGCACUGUGACUACAGCAGUAUCCAGAAGAAGAGUUUGGACCUUCAUGCUCGCCGUCACCACACAGGGGAGGCGUUUCCAUGCCGACAGUGUGAGUAUUCGAGUCCGGACCGCCAGCUGCUGCUCAGACACGUCCGCCGACACCACGCCCUCUCCCAGCACGCCGCUCUGUGACGUCACAGCCUACUGAACACUCUGAUUGGACUGUUGAAGUAGAGUGAGUGAUGACGUCACCACCAAAUGUUUCUUAUUUGUUUUAAAUAAAUCCUGAGACCGCAUCAGGAAUCUGGUCUGUUCUGGAUCAUCCCUCAGAUCCUGGAUCAGAUUGGGAUCUGGGGAGUUUGGAGUCUAGGUCAACACCUUGGACUCUUUGUCGUGUUCCUUGAGAUAUUUCUGAGCAGUGUGUAGAAGCCUAAAUUCAUUUUUGGUUAAUUUAUAUGUGGUAACUUAAGUUCGUGUUUGUAGUAGUAAAUUUGCUUAUUUGUUUGCUAACAUUUAUGUAUCAGGGGUGUGUGGUUUCCACAUCAGUAUUGCAGUCAGGCAACAUGGAGUGGAGCCACACAGUUUUUUGACCUCACUAUCUCUCUCGCUCACUGACUCACUCACUCUCGUUAUUAAUUUUGUUUUCUUAUGGAUAACUUUUGUAAUGUAAUUCUGAUUUUUUUGAAGUAAAGAGCUGAAGCGAA